ACGUUUGACAGAUUAAAAAGAAAAAAGCGCAUUGGUACGUGUAAUAGGGUAUCUUUUGUCCAACUGCUCAUGCGCAAUUACACUCUUUUUCUUUCUCCUCUUUCGUCGUCGUCGUGCUUUGGCCGCUGCAGGCACAAUUUCAGGCGGGGAGGAGCCCCUGCACGGCUGUACCGCGCAGACAGUCCAAUUUGGUGCGAAAGCAAAGUAUCUGCCAUCAGUCAGCCACUGCCAAAGCCGUAAUAAAAUUUAAAAAAUAAUUCACCAGCUAUUUGACAAUCCACAAGCAAUUGCGCAUCAUCAAAAUCACACCGCUGCCGCGACCGUACUCCCCGAAAAGCAAUUUACCUUUCUAGAGAGAGAAAAUAAAGCUACAGUCACUGAAAGCUAACGCCAUUCAUUUUUUCUUUUUUAAAUUUCAUUUUUGCACUACUUGUCUAUCUCGCGGCUGAUCCUCUGCACGCUACACCACAACAACUUCCACAGCUCCGUCGAAUUUGAAUUUUCAGAUAUUUUACAGUUUUUACGUUCACCAAUCAGAAUCCUUCUACCAAUCGACAUUUUCCCCAAUUUUUUUAGAUUUUUUGUUGACGCCCACGCCGAGAAAUCCGAUCCAGUAUCACUCAUCUCUCUUCCAAACAGGGCAUAGAGAGAGAGAGAGAGAGAGAGAGAGAGAGAGAGAGAACUAAGAGAGAAGAUAAUCCUUCAAGGAAGGUAGCGUUGGGCGUUGUUGUUGUCGAUAGUGAAGUUUACUUGAAUUUUGGCGUACACUUGUUUUUGUUUGUAGGUAAAGGGAGUGUUUGGCUUUGCAUUAGCUUCGAAGAAAAACGGAAUUUGCAUAUAUAAUUUUAUGACGUUAGUUUGAGAGGCAAGACGGGAGAGAAGUUAUCGAGAUGGUUACUACCAAUUUGUUUCACUGUAGAAAGAAUUCAUGGCCGCCGGAGGAGUAUAUCAGCAGAGCUACCUUGCAAUUAUUGGAUUUUGAUAGUGCUGCCCCUCCAGAGCAGGCCUGGAGAAGGAGAUUAAACAGCCAUGCCAAUAUUCUCAAAGAAUUCAGUGUUACAUUUAAGGAAGCAGUAAAAAUGGUUCGAUUGGGAAUAAGACUGUGGUCUUAUGUCAGGGAAGAGGCAUCUCAUGGAAGGAAAGCACCUAUAGAUCCCUUCACGCGGGAAAGUUGCAAGCCAUCAGCAUCUCAGGGCGUUCCACUUGGAGGAAUGGGAAGUGGAAGCAUAUCUAGAGGGUUUAGAGGUGAAUUCAGGCAGUGGCAAAUCGUACCUGGUAUAUGUGAUGCUUCACCUGUCAUGGCCAAUCAGUUCUCUAUUUUUAUAUCUCGAGAUGGAGGGAAUAAAAAAUAUGCAUCAGUUUUGGCUCCUGGCCAACAUGAAGGUUUAGGGAAAGCUGGUGAUCAGGGUAUUUCAUCAUGGGGCUGGAACUUAAGUGGUCAACAUUCUACGUAUCAUGCUUUAUUUCCUAGGGCAUGGACGAUAUAUGAUGGUGAACCAGACCCUGACCUGAAAAUCUCGUGCAGGCAAAUAUCACCGUUCAUACCGCAUAAUUAUAGAGACAGCAGUCUUCCUACUGCUGUUUUUGUCUAUACGUUGGUAAACACUGGGAAGGAAAGAGCAAAAGUUAACCUUCUCUUCACAUGGGCAAAUUCAAUUGGAGGCGUCUCACACUUGUCAGGAGAUCAUGUGAAUGAACCAUUCUUAGGUGAAGAUGGAGUCUCCGGUGUACUUCUACAUCACAAGACUGCAAAGGGUAAUCCUCCAGUUACUUUUGCAAUUGCUGCAUGUGAAACUCAGAAUGUAAGUGUGACUGUUCUGCCAUCCUUUGGACUGUCUGAGGCAAGUUGUACCACAGCGAAGAGUAUGUGGGGUAAAAUGUUGCAGGAUGGACAAUUUGAUCGGGAGAACUUCAAUUGUGGACCAAGCAUGCCUUCGUCACCUGGAGAAACACUUUGUGCAGCAGUUUCUGCUUCCACAUGGGUGGAACCUCAUGGAAAGUGUACGGUUGCAUUUGCUCUUGCGUGGUCAUCGCCAAAGAUAAAAUUCUCAAAAGGAAGCUCAUAUCACAGGAGAUACACAAAAUUUUAUGGUACUUCUGAAAGAGCAGCUCAGAAUUUGGUCCAUGAUGCACUGACGCAUUACAAGUGGUGGGAGGAAGAGAUUGAGAAAUGGCAAAAUCCUAUCCUCAAGGAUGAAAGGCUACCAGAAUGGUACAAGUUCACCUUGUUUAAUGAGCUCUACUUUUUGGUUGCUGGUGGAACUGUCUGGAUUGAUGCUCCCUUACUGGCUGAAGAUAUGAGAGAUGGCCACCAUCAGUUAAAAGAAAUAAAAACCAUGGAUGUCAAUCAUACUACAAUUAAUGGAUAUAAUGUGGCUAGUGUCAGAUCUGAAGACACUGAUGAAACAUCACAUUCAGAAUAUCCAAGCAAAGAUGAAUCACCUGUAUCUCUGGAGAAGGGAAAUCUCAGACACUCUUUAAACCAUUCCCCAUUGCUGGAACCCUGGAAUGACAGUGAUGACGUUGGCAGGUUUCUGUACUUGGAAGGAGUGGAAUAUAUCAUGUGGUGCACAUAUGAUGUUCACUUCUAUGCAUCAUUUGCCCUUCUUGAGUUGUUUCCCAAAAUUGAGCUCAAUAUUCAGCGUGACUUUGCUAAAGCUGUGCUAUGUGAGGAUGGAAGAAAAGUAAAGUUUCUGGCGGAAGGUAAUGUUGGAAUCCGUAAGGUCAGAGGAGCUAUCCCUCAUGAUCUUGGGACACAUGAUCCAUGGAAUGAAAUGAAUGCAUACAAUAUACAUGAUACGAGCAAGUGGAAGGAUCUAAACCCAAAGUUUGUACUUCAGGUGUAUAGAGACUUUGCUGCAACGCAGGAUAUGUCCUUUGGAGUUGAUGUCUGGCCUGCAGUUCGUACUGCCAUGGAAUACAUGGAACAAUUUGAUAGGGAUGAUGAUGCUCUGAUUGAAAAUGAUGGAUUCCCAGAUCAAACAUAUGAUACCUGGACAGUUCAUGGAGUAAGUGCUUACUGUGGCUGUUUAUGGCUUGCAGCACUUCAAGCUGCUGCAGCAAUGGCCCUUCAAGUAGGUGACAAGUAUUUUGCUGAAUUAUGCAAAAGCAAAUUUGUGAAGGCAAAAUCAGCAUUUGAAGCUAAAUUAUGGAAUGGUUCAUAUUUCAAGUAUGACAGUGGAUCAAGUAGUAACAGUAAAUCCAUACAAGCAGAUCAAUUGGCUGGGCAAUGGUAUACAGCAUCUGCAGGCUUACCUCCACUUUUUGAUGAAGUCAAGAUUAGAAGUUCUCUUCAGAAAAUAUUUGAUUUCAAUGUAAUGAAAGUUCGAGGAGGUAGGAUGGGGGCUGUAAAUGGAAUGCAUCCCAAUGGAAAGGUGGAUGAAACUUGUAUGCAAUCACGUGAAAUAUGGAGUGGUGUCACCUAUGCUGUGGCAGCUACCAUGAUUCAUGCUGGAAUGGAGGACCAGGCAUUCACUACUGCUGAAGGUAUUUUCCUUGCAGGCUGGUCGGAGGAGGGCUACGGAUACUGGUUCCAGACACCAGAGGCAUGGACCACUGGUGGACACUUCCGUUCCCUUAUUUACAUGAGGCCACUUGCAAUCUGGGGCAUGCAAUGGGCAUUAUCGCUGCCUAAGGCUAUCCUUGAGGCCCCAAAGAUCAAUAUAAUGGACAGACUUCUCUUGUCUCCUAGCACAAGAUUUGCUCUUUAUGAAACAGGAGUUAGAAAGAUUGCAACUAAAGCCAAGUGCUUUGGAGCUUCUGUGUUCCACUGUGCGUGCUAAUUAUGAACUGUAAGUUCCCUCAUCUCUUUAAAGAAAAAUGUUCACUGAAUUUUUUAUAGCUUCCCAAACUCUCUACCAUAUGAAGAAAGCUGGGAGAGAUUCUGGGAGAAGUCUCUUUCUUAAGAGGGGCAAUAAAAAGCCAGGCUGUAAUUUAGUAGUCAAUUUAAUUACAUGGCAUUGAUGGGUCUUUCUUUGUCAUUGAAUAGAAUUUGUUGUAUAAUUCUUUCUAUGAAAAUCAUAUUUUUAAUUUUCUUAUUUAUUACAAAGGAUGAAUAUUUUAAUUAUCUGUAGGACUUUGAGGUCCUGGUUUUGAAAGAAUGAGGUCGUCUAUAAAUUAAUUGCCAUAGUUUAGAUGACCUGGUACAA